AUGACAACAGAACUGGAAACGAUUAUCCGUGCUAUGCAGGUGCAAAUGACCGCCCUGCAAGAAGCUCUGGCGCGACAGAACCAGGUGGUAUUUACUCUAAGUGAAGAGAUAGCCGCCCUUAAAUCACCUCCUGGCUCUCCCCCUGGCACCACCUAUACUGCGCCUAAUACUGGCGACCUAUAA